AUGGGAGUCGCACUUCUAGUCACUGCAGCUGCGGCCCAGGCUAUGCAGCAGAUCUGGAUCAAGUCAUGGACGGAUGCGUCGACUGUCGAUUCUGACGCAGUGACUGGAAGCCGACGCUACUGGAUCGGAGUACUAGUCGGCAUCUGCGUCGCCAACGGCGGCCUGCUGCUGGCGGCCACAGCACGCCUGAUGUCCGACUCACUGCACCGCGCCAUGCUGGACGGCGUACUUCGCAGUCCGGUCUCCUUCUUCGACGCGUCGCCCCGAGGAAGGGUGCUCAACCGGUUCGCCGCAGACCUGGACUUCGUGGACGAAGAGUCGUUCGCCAGCGGCCAUCAGUGCAUCCAGGGUUCGCUUCUCACCGUGGCCAGCGUGGCCGUGGUUGCUACGCAAGCGCCCCUCGUGGUGGCCGUCACCGCGGUCGUCGCUGUUCUCGUCGCUUCUGGAUUUGUCGCAGCUGUAAGUCGUUCUCACAGCUCGCGUUACGUGGACAGCGUUGGCUUGUCGAAGCUGCUGCAGCACAUGACCGAGACGCUGGAGUCUUUGAGCAGCGUGAGGGCGUACGGCGUCGUGGACCGAUUCCGGCGGCACUUCUUUCGGCUGAGCGACGUCUCCCUGCGGGGUUUCUCCUCCUACUGCGCCUGCUACCGCUUCACACGUUCGCUGAUGGCCGUGGGAGGAUUCGCGGUCGUCGUUUUCUCUCUCCUGCUCAGUACCGUGGGCUCCACUGCAUCAGAUCCCAGCAGCUUGGGACUCGUGCUGAGCUCGGCCACAUCGGUUCCGUUGCUGUUGAUGACCCUGUGCUUGAAGCUCUUCUCCUUGCUACAGAUGGUUGUUUCGUUCGAGCACUGUAUUGAUUACACAGAACUUCCUCCUGAGCCAGUGGUUGAUGCGGAUCUCAGCGGAGACAAACAGGCGCCGACAAAGACGACGCUGGCUUUGGACACGUGGCCGUCCGCCGGACUCGUCGAGUUUCAAGAUUACUCGACCUCGUACCGACCGGGAGUUGCAGAUAACGUCCUCGACGGGGUCUCUUUCUCCGUGCGGGCCAUGGAGAAGGUUGGCGUCGUUGGACGCACGGGGGCCGGCAAGUCAUCUCUGGUGCUCGCCCUUCUACGCAUCCUGAGAGCCUCAAAGGGUUGUAUCCUGAUCGACGGUGUCGACAUUGCUCAAGUGCCGCUCAAGAAACUUCGUCGUGCCAUCACCAUCAUUCCUCAGGACCCGAGCCUUGUGCGAGGCACUCUGCGCGUGAACCUCGACCCGACCAGGGUGCACUCUGACGAGCAACUGUGGCAGGUGCUGCGCCAAGUUCACUUGUCCCCGCUGGUCAAAGGUCACCCGGCGGGACUGGACAUGGAGACAGCAGACGGAGGCGCCAAUCUCAGCGUCGGUCAACGCCAGCUGGUGUGCCUCGCCCGCGCCUUGCUACGUGGCUCGAAGAUCGUGCUGCUGGACGAAGCCACCUCGCAGAUGGACGGUGACACGGACCACCUGAUCCAGACCACGCUCAGGGAAGCCUUCGCCAAAAGCACGCUCAUCGCCAUCGCGCACCGCCUACACACCGUGCUCGACUACGACAGGAUACUCGUCAUGGAUAAAGGAAAAGUGAAAGAAUACGACACUCCGGCUUCCUUACUCUCCAACCCCGAAAGCGCCUUCUUCAAGAUGGCCGCUAGCGCAGGCGUGUCGGCCCAGCGGAAGAGCCACCCGCUUGACGCAACUUCUCUAUGA